AUGUUAAAUCGCCACUUAGGUCGCCGUCUAUUAUCAACACGCUCCAUUCCCCAUAAGGUCCCGGUCCACCUCGAGUUCGACCUCCACCUUCCUGCCAACUCCUCGCCUUCGUCGCAUAAUGAACCAUUGAUUCUCCUUCAUGGGCUCUUUGGAUCCAAGCAAAACUACAAGACCGUGGGCAAACACCUCUCAAACAAAUUAAACGCACCAAUCUAUGCAGUGGACCUCAGAAAUCACGGAGAUUCUCCGCACUCUUUGCCGUUCGACUAUUCCGCAAUGUCUCAGGACAUAAAAUUCUUUGUCGAAGAACAGGGCCUCAACGACGUCACCAUCAUUGGUCAUUCCAUGGGAGCCAAAGUGGCGAUGUACCUGGCCCUCAUGCUCCCCAAAUACAUUAAAAGACUUGUUUCUGUUGAUAACUCCCCGGUAUCCAAGCCUUUAGGAUUGAACUUCUCUCGUGAUUUGGAGGGAAUGUAUCAUCUUGAGGUAUCACAACUGGUCCUCAAAACCGAUAAGAAAUGGCGGGACAAAGGUUUGAAAUUCUUGGAGAAAUACGAACCCGAUCCAAAAGUUCGACUUUUCCUCAUAUCUAAUUAUAUCAACAAGGUGUCGAAGUUCAAUUACCACGAUGCUAUUAGUGAUCAAUACGCCCAUUUCAAGAUCCCGGUGGCCCAGUUACACUUGCAAGAUGGGAUCCAAGCCAUUGGGGAUUUCCCGGAACACGAAAUCUCUAAACGGAAGUUCAAUGGGCCUAGUUUGUUUUUGAAAGCUCGUAAUUCAGAUUUCAUCACCCAGGAUACGGUGCCAAUGAUUUAUCAUUAUUUCCCUCGGACCUCAAUGAAAACUUUCCCCACCGGUCAUUGGCUUAUUAGUGAACAACCACAAAAGUUUAUGGAAACUCUCAUUAGUUUUAUUAAACUGACAUGA